CAGAGACGUCCUCCAUGCACAGAGCGCGAAAAUUGGUCACGUGUCUGCUCACGUGUGUGUUCAGACAGGUUUGAAUUUCUAUGUGUGUGUAUACGCAUGGAUGGAAAUAGGUCGUGUUAUUGAUUCGUUUCCCCAGCCUUUCAGGCCUGACGUAGCGAUCAGACCUGAUCAAGUCGAUUUCCAGCCUCGUGUGGUCGACAUUUGUUCCGAUGCAAGUAGCGGGAGUGUUGUUUGCAAGGCGUUAAUCGUUGGUGACGUAGCUGUUGGUAAGACUGCUCUUAUCAAUAGGUAUUGCCGUAAUGUAUUUGAGAAAGACUACAAGGCUACUAUUGGUGUCGACUUUGAGUCAGAGCAAUACGUUUUCUUCAAUCGAUCAUUCAUUCUCCAGCUAUGGGACACAGCUGGUCAAGAACGGUUUAAGAGCAUUGCUGCUGCUUACUUUAAAGGAGCUAGAGUUAUUGUCAUAGCAGUUGAUCUUACGGACCCCGUGACAUUGAACAAUGCUAGUACUUGGUUACAAGAUGCCCUUCGAGACAAUCACGACAAUGACUGUGACAUCUACUUGGUUGGUACCAAGAAAGAUCUUUGUUCUCAAAGUCGUUACGAGAGAAAGGAGCAAGCAGCCAUUGCUCUAGCAAACGUAUUAGGUGCAGAAUACUGGACAACGUCGUCACUAACAGGAGAGAAUGUAGAGUCAUUCUUUAAUAGAGUAGCAGCUCUUGCGUUUGAGAAGGCUGUACUACGAGAGCAAGAAGCAAUAGACACAGUCGAUUGUGGUGUUGUUGAUGACGAUCCCAUUCGAGUGUCAAAGAGAGACAGUCGUAUUAAUAGUACAAGCAGUCACUCAAAGAGCAAAUGCUGCAAGUAGUUGUCGAGUACGAGUGGUGGGAACAAUGAAAGCUAAUUGAUUUGUUACUUGUAUAUACUCAUUAUUAACUAGAAUCAGUAUGGUUGCCGCAAAUAUAUUAACUAUAUUAAUGAAUUAUGACUGGACAAUUUAUUUCAGUUUUAUUUGAU